UAGUGCUAGCUAAAUGCAAGGAAGGAAAACGGCUUGCUAUGCUAGCAGAGUUUAGCUCGCCGGGUCAAGCUACAUUGCUAGUUAGCUAGCUAGCUAACGGGAGUGAUGGGGUAGUUAUCAGUUAUGGCGUCAACAUGCAAAAGUUAUUUAUCCGCAUUCCUUGUGUUUCAGUGCUUUGUGUGUUGGUAUUUAUUGCUGAAGGUGGAUAAGAUAACCAGGCAAAUAGAAAGCCGGCAUUAGCUAAAGUUAGCUCUAACGUUACAUACGUAUGCAGACCCUGACACACUGGAGUUCAUUCGGCUCCGUUAGCCGGUUAGCCUCGGUGAUAACAGGUCUGCUAGGCCGCAGCAUCCCGACCUUUUCUUGCGCAUCUUCCCAUAUAUUUACACUGUGGUUCUUAGGAUCAUGGCGCCCCGUUUACAGCUGGAGAAAGCGGCUUGGCGCUGGGUGGAAAUGGUGAAACCGGAGGAAAUCCGCCGGGAACACAUUGAGCUAGCAUACCGCGUCAACGUGCCGGCCUGCAAGAGAGGAGCUUGCAGGAGGAAUUGCAAAGGGAACCCCAACUGUCUUGUCGGUAUCGGUGAACAGGCAUGGCUGGGAGAAAUUGAUGAGAAUGCGUUCCACAAUAUCGAUGACCCAAAUUCAGAACGACGAGACAAGAACACUUUUGUUGGCCUGACCAAUUUGGGUGCCACAUGUUACGUCAACACAUUCCUGCAGGUGUGGUUCCACAACCUGGAGCUGCGCAGGAGCCUCUACCUGUGCCAGAACUCCCGAGCACAGGAGCACAAUGUCGACUCCGACUACGAACCUCAGUCCAUCUGUGAGCACCUGCAGUACCUGUUUGCGCUCCUGCAGAACAGCAACAGAAGGUACAUCGACCCGUCAGGGCUGGUCAAAGCUUUGGGGCUGGACACGGGACAGCAGCAGGACGCUCAGGAGUUUUCCAAGCUCUUUCUGUCUCUGCUGGAGGAAACGCUGUCCAAACAGAAGAGCCCGAGCCUGCAGAAUGUCAUCCAGCAGCAGUUCUGUGGACAGUUCUCCUACGUUACUGUCUGUAACCAGUGCGGUCGGGCGUCUCCGCUCCUGUCCCGGUUCUACGAGCUGGAGCUCAACAUCCAGGGCCACAAGAACCUCACCGAGUGCGUCACCGAGUUCCUCAAGGAGGAGAAGCUGGACGGGGACAACCGCUACUUCUGUGAGAGCUGUCAGAGCAAGCAGAGCGCCACCCGCAGGAUAAGACUGCACAGCCUCCCGCCCACCCUCAACCUGCAGCUCAUGCGCUUCGUCUUUGACAGACAAUCGGGACACAAGAAGAAGCUUAACACCUUCAUCAGUUUCCCGGAGCAGCUAGACAUGGGACCUUUCCUGGAUGGAAAACCAGACCAGAAGUGUGUGUAUGAGCUGAGUGCGGUGCUGAUCCACCGCGGCGUCAGCGCCUACUCAGGCCACUACAUCGCCCAUGUGAAGGACGCCUGCACCAGCGACUGGUACAAGUUCAACGACGAGGAGAUCGAGAAGAUGGAGGGCAAGAAGCUGCAGCUGGGCAUCGAGGAGGACAUCGCUGAGACGGUGAAGUCCCAGACGCGAAAGCCCAAGUGCAGUAAAGGCUACCACUGCUCCAGGAACGCCUACAUGUUGGUGUACAAAGUCCAGCAGGAGGAGAGCUCCGACUCCUCCAGGACCAAAGUCGAGGUGCCAGCCUUCUUGCAGAAGCUGGUGGACCGAGACAACCACAAGUUUGAGGAGUGGUGCAGCGAGAUGGCCGACAUGAGGAAACAGAGCGUGGACAAGGGCAAAGCCAAGCACGAGGAGGUGAAGGAGCUCUACGAGCUUUUACCCGCCAAAGACGGCCAGCUCUAUGAGUUCAUCCCCCUCGAGUGGCUGAAAAAGUGGCUGGACGAUUCCAUCGCCACGAAGGAGAUCGACAACUCGCUCUUCCUGUGUUCCCACGGCAAACUGCACCCCGACAAGGUGGGAGAGGCCAAGAGGGUCUCCCUGCGAGCCGCCCAGCUGCUCUACCAGCGCUACGGCGGAGGACCCAGACUGGACGGCUCGUCUCUUUGUAAUGAGUGUGUGGGUCAGCGCUGCAGGGUGCUGCGGCUGAAGAACCAGCUCAACGAGGACUACAGGGAAGUGACCACCCUUCUUAAACGCCCACUCAGCGAUGGGGGCUUCUGGGUGGGCAAGGCGUCUCUGCGCAGCUGGAGGCAGCUGGCUCUGGAGCAGCUGGAGGAGGACGAACACGAAACCAAACACAGCAACGGCCAGACCAACGGACAGGGACCACACACCGCCAGCAGCAAAGAGUUUGGCUCGGAGCUGCCGGAGGGCACCGAGGAGGAGAUGAAGACGUUCAACGAGGACAUCCUCUGCAGUCACGGCGGGUUGAGCAUCCUGGAGGCUGAGAGGAAGUUGGUGUCGUCGGAGGUUUGGACCAAGCUGAGGGUUUAUUUCCCCAAAGCGCCUGAGUUCACCCAAAACCAGGAGCCGUGUCCACAGUGCCUGAUGUUGGAGCAGGAGGAGAAGGACAACGAGGCGAUCAGUAAGAUGAUGGCCUUGGACCAGAAGAACCAGCUGCUCAACCUCUUCCAGGAGAAAAACCGGCCGACGCUCACCAAGUGGCCUCAGAGCACAGACGUACUUUACAUCGUCCCUCUGUUCUUUGUGGACGAGUGGAGGAAAUUCAUCAGGAGGCCGACCAAAUCGUCUCCGGUGUCCAGCGUGGGCAACAGCCUGCUGCUCUGCCCCCACGGCGGCUUCAUGUUCACCUACGACUCCCUGGUCAACGGAGACGCACAACAUAUAGCUCUGCUCUGGCCCAGCGAAUGGGAGGUGAUCAGCAGACUCUUCAUCGUAGACCAACCAAUCUCCAUCCACUGCUCCUGCCAGGCCACGCCCACCGGCUCCACCCCCCAGUACAGCACUCAGCCUGAGCUGUGCUGGGAGUGCCGAGAGGGUUUCAUCUUCCAGCAGCAGAGGGACCUGAGGGAGUACACCCAGGCCACCAUCUACAUCCGCAAAGUCAUCGAAGACAAGACGAUGAUAAAGGAGGCCGGGCCGGAGCCAAACGCCAGCAGCUCGGAGGCAGAGGAGGAGAGGGAAGAGCCCCCGAAGAUGGACGGAGUGAAAGACCCUGACUUCAGCCAGGCAGUUCCAUCACCACAAAGCACCAAGUCAGAAGACGCCGCGAAGCGUCUGAAGCUGAGCGACGGCAGCGCGGCAGCAGGAGCAGCAGGAGCAGCUGGUUCUUUUCCUGCGUCCAGUCUGAUCAAACCAGGAGGGAUCAGGAGGAGCACCCGGCACAGGAAGCUGAGAGGGGAGAAGGCACUGAUCGUCUCCGCCAACCAGACCCUGAAGGAGCUGAAGAUCCAGAUCAUGCACGCCUUCUCAGUGGCUCCGUUUGACCAGAACCUCUCCAUCAACGGAAAAUGUUUGACAGACGACUCGGCCACGCUGGGCAGCCUGGGCGUGAUUCCCGAGAGCAUCAUCUGUCUCAAGGCUGAUGAACCCAUAGCAGAUUAUGCAGCGAUGGAUGACGUGUAUCAGGUGAGAAUGCCUGAAGAAGGAUUUAAAGGCACUGGGCUUCUCAGGCACUGAGGAAAACUUUGCUUUAGUUCUGCUUGAACGGGACGGACGUCGGGCGAAGAUCACACAAGCUUGAAUUUGUCAAGUGUCCAUACACAAAUAAGUGCUUUAAUUUGUUUUUUUAAGUUUUGAGUAGGUUUUCUUUGAUAAAACUGUGACUAUGUUGAAAAUCCGCUGUUUUUCUUUUUCUUGUAAAAUAAAUAAAAGAUUUGCUGGCUUUUGAUAUUUAAACUUCCCAGUACGUUGUCCAGGACUUUGUGCUCGUGCUCCUCGGCCUGACUGCAGGAGGUGUUGGAGGCUCGGCGGCUCGGCCUCGGUCGGCUCGGCCCGUCCUGACUCUGCCCUCCGUUUUAGACUCCUUUUUUUAUAACCACAUUAAAACAUGAAAGACACUUUGUCUUCUCUUCUCCUUUGCGUUCCCGUGACGUCCAAGCUUGUGGUCUCACUGCAGUUUCUUCCGACACAUCAAACAAAUGCACGAGGAAAUAGCAAAUAUCAAGUACUACAAAUGUAACUGCUCUUCAUGUCUGAACAUUUAUUACCUCAGCAACAAACUUGUAGAAAUAUCCUCCAUGUGGCGUUUAGAGGUAGAGAGCUCCACGCUGUGUACAGGCUCAUUUCCAUGACAAGUGACAAACAGUGCAGGCAGUGCUAUGUACUAUUCUUUUCACUCUUAUUUCAUAUGGACAAUAAAGAUAUUUUCAAAUCAC